AUGGCAUCGAUCGGAGGAGGAGACCGGCUGACUAAUCUGCCGGAGGAGAUUUUACUCCAAAUCCUCUCUGUGUUACCGAACAGUAGACAAGUUGUUCAAAUGAGCGUAUUAUCAUCGCAAUGGCGAUUUCUUUGGAAAUCCAUCCCGGCAUCACUCUAUUUCAACUCAGAAGAUUAUCUUAACCCUGACGACGAAGAAUAUACUAUGGCUUACGCAGCCUGUGUUAAUAGAGAGCUUCAUUAUUGGAGGUCUUGCGAGAAAAUAAAAUCAUUUAGGGUUUUCCCUCAGAGUUACGAGGAGCUUAUUAAACAUGAUGUUGAUUUGUGGGUGAACUUUGCUGUUAAUGUAGGAUAUUGCCGUUUGAGACCUUCUGGUAAUGUGAAAUGGAGCAAUUUGGUUUCUCUUUCGAUUGGGGAUGCGGUUAUGACAGAGGGUGUAAUGGAAAAAGUAUUAUCAGGAUGUCCUAAUUUGGAGUGCUUGGAAUUAGAUAAAGUUGUUGGUGUUCGUCGUCUGGAUAUCACCUCUGUGAAGCUGAGAAAAUUGAUCGUAACGAUUUAUGAAACAGAAUCUGAUGAUGACGAUGAAGACCAUUGCCUCAAAAUUCAUGCCCCACAUAUUCUACAUUUAGAACUUUUGGGAUUGUGUUACGAUAAGAUACACUUUCAGCUGAGAAAUGUGGUUUCACUUGUCACUGCAGUCCUUUCUUUAAAUGUUCAUUUCGCCGACCUUGAAGAGAAUUUGGAGAAGGAGUGUAGAUAUUUACAGGAACUUCUUCACCACGUUGCCAAUGUCAAGAAUCUUGAAUUGGGUCCCUGGUGUAUCGAGUGUCUGUCCAUACUGGAGUUCAAAGGGUGGCCUGUUCCACCAUCAAGCUGGAAGUUCUUAAAAAUUAACGCAGCCUUAGAACCUAAUGACUAUCCUGGAAUUUGCAGCUUUCUGUCGAGUUCAUCAUGUCUUGAGACAUUGGUCAUUGACUGGUGCCAUCCUAAACCAAGAAAAUUGCUGUCAAUGUACACCAAUGAGGAUGAACGACGGAGGAUAUUUGAAAUACAUAGUUUUAACUGGUCAAUGCCACAUCUAAAGAUGUUCAAGUUCAUUAACUUUUGUGGAAAAUCAAGUGAAAAUAAGUUUGUAGAUCUAUUGAUCAAAUGUUUGCGCGAGAAUGCGAUAGCACUAAAGAAGUAUGGCAUUGCUUUAAAAUUCAAAGGGAGAGAUGUGUUUUGGAGUUAUGUCGUCAGGAGUUCCUAAGCUUCAGUUGUGUUUCCUUGUUGAUAACCUUACGCCAUUCUCUUUUGUUACAUAACUACCUCUUACUUUUGGUUUAUAGUUGAUAGGCGAGGUUUGGAUUCAGUAUCCAAAAGAAAAUAGUUGUUUGUUUGUAGAUUUUUCAUUUGUAAGCACAAUGUAUUUUUUGUUAAAUCAUGUAAGAAAGCUUGAUCCAAGGUUGAAUGUCAUUUUGAAGAAAUUGUUUUUCUUUGAUAAUCAUGUAAGUCCCA